AAAGUGUGAAAGGUACAUUACAAGAACAUAUACCUGGAUAUGUAGUGACUUCAAAAUGAAAAUAGGAAAGAUUGUCAAAAAAGGCUGGAAAAUAUGAUUCCACUGUGAGAAACAAGAAGCCAAAGGUUUCUGCAGAUUAUGAAUACUUUAUUCCUGAAGAGAAUCAGGAGCUAAAUAGUGUACACUAUACACAGGACCCAACAGGAUAUAAUUAAAAAAAAAAAAGGAAAUGUACUUUAAAAGAAAGGAAACAAUUUAUUAUUAAUGUGGGAAUAACAUGGAAGUUGCUCAUAUUGUAUUACUUAAUUAGUAUCUAAUUGAAAUAAAACUAUGAAGACUGCAUAUACUUGCAACAGCUACUGCUUAAUCUGAAUAAAUCAUGACAAAAAAAAGGAAAAUGGAAAAAGGGAAAAAUUAUUUUUUCAUUACUCUUUUAUGCAAAAAUUUAGCAGAUGAAAGGCAGAUAGGCUUUUUAAAAAAUUUAUUACAUGAAAAGUUUUAUCAUCAGUUUGUAAAUAAAACUCACACUAAAAAGCUUAAUGAUUAGGGUCCAUUCUUGUUCAGAGAGCUGUAGGGCUUUUCCUUUAUACACUGUGCUUCUUAUGGUUAACACUCUUAUUUUUUUUAUUUGUCCCCAUUGUAUUCUAGCACCCCUGUGUUACCAACAAUAAAGGGCCUUAAAGUCACAUCUUCCUAUUUCCUUGAUCCUUUUGUCUUAAGCAUCACUUACAGAUUCUUAUUCCUGCUUUAUUUUUGAAGUCUUUUCUCUUUUUUAGUAGCUCAAAGAAUGAUUUUCUUUUAAUUUGGUAUUGAGCAGAAUCCAGUUUCAGCACCAUCAUUUUUAAAGCCUUUACCCCCUGGCACUCUGAACAGUGAUAACCUGGGACCAAUAAUAACUUCCCUUAUCCGUGUGCUCAUUGAUGACUGCAGUAUUACUUUGGGAGCAAUAAACUAAGUCUCUUUCUCAGAUGGCAAAUACUUCCUUUCCUGCUUUAAGAGUUUCUUCCUAUUGGAAAAACCUUCAGUAUUUCAAAUUUAUUCUGAUUACUUUGUUAGGACUUGGCCUUUUUGUCCACACAGAAAAAUUGGCUCCGAGCUUGUUGCCUCACACACUUUUGGCUAUAGUCCAGAUGGCUCAUCCAAAUAGUUUGUCAUGCAAAGACAAAAAAGGUUAGAGGACUGCUUAUGUGGACUUAACAAAUGAUGGGGUCAGCAAAUCUGUUACAAAAAUACAGUAGAUUGGUGGAAACAGCUUUCUAGAAAAUUAUAUUCUCUUCUGCAAAAUUGUUUGGAAGAGAAUAGAAGGAAUCAGACAAGAAGGGCAGCUAUAAAAAUACGUUCAAUUAUUACAUAUUAAAAAGAAAGCAAUAAUAUUCCAUUUCUGUCCUAAUGUGCCUAUAUGAAUACUUAUUUUAUUCAAUAUUUAUUAAGCAUUAUAAAAAGGGGGGGGAGAUUUUAAAGAUUAAAAAAAAAAGAAUUAGUUGAUUUUCCUUUCUGCCCUCAUUCCACACCCUCGGCAACUGAGCCUAUUCUAAAUCCUCUUUAUUGCUUCCUUUGCUCUUUUCCUUAGUUUAAUUGCUUAAAAUCUUCUCUGAAGAUUUUUCUUCAUCCCUUAUAGAAGAAACUCUGACUCUUAACAUUGUGUAUUCUGGAGCAGAAGUAUUUUGUUGGAAAGCUUUACUGUUACAUAUGAUUUGCAUUUUUUACUAGACACUUGUUCUUGGUCUUAGAAGACAAACAUUUUCAUUUUUUUUUUUUUUUGUACAGCGGUAAGAAUGCCAAAAUGCAAAUUGAGAGCAUCCUCCAAAGUACUGUUAUCCGUAUAUGAAACAGUUCUCAUACUUUUAUGAAUGCAGUUCUAGACUAUCAAUGUAUAACCUCCUUUUGGUUCUAGAUCCCUUAGAAACUCCCUUUCCCAAACUCUCGAACUAUAUUCUCCUCUCUUAAUAGCAACCCCCUUAUUUCCAUUUUCUAAAUUUAUCUUACAACAUGUUACACAGUCAAACAAAACGACCUGUACUGGAGACCUACUUUUAGGAGAAUUAACAGUUAAGAGAAUGAAAUACUAUUUAUUCAACUUAAUUUCUGUGCUCCAAAAAACUGAAUUACUUCUCUUCUGACCAAUAAAAAUCACAACUUAAUUUUCAUUGUGGUUUUCUGAAAAAGUGUUUUCCUAAUUCUGAAGACUGACCCAACAACACUUGUCCCGCCUAUCUUAUAACGCAGGGUAAUGGACUCGCCCAAGGUCACACAGAUACUAAAGAGUAGCCCGGAGCCCCUCACCAGAGAGGGCUUUUGCACCACCCCUCAGGCCACGCCCCCACUGCCAAAUUUAAGGGCACAGUGAACGAGGCAAAGCUGGGAAAGAGACGCAGAGAUAGAUUCCCCAGCUCACGGUGGGUGCAGGCUCCAGGGGUUCUUAAGGGUUCAGGGUUCCAGAACCAAACGUGAGCGUUGCCUGCGUGACCUUGGGUAAGUCACUUACGGGUACUUGAUCUCCCGCUUGGAGAAAAAGGACGGUGGGGUGAGGUCCGCUCGCCGGCGCAUCCCGGGGGAUGGAUGUGCAACGCACGUGUUGGGAGCUGGGCUGGGGACCAACCUACUGAAAAAGGCAAACCCGGCAUCAGUUCUUGGAUUCAGCUGAGACAGCUUACUUUAACCUUCGGCCAGCCCUUAGCUUCUGGAUGCCUCGUCGGCCGUCUCAGCUUUCGAGGGUCUGGAGCCCUGGAGACCCAGGCGUGGGCUGUCGAGCAGGACAAUGCACCCGCUUCCCAACGCACUGCCCGCAGGCUCACACUACAACUCCCGGGAUGUAACUCGCAUGGAGCGAACUACAAAGGCCGACAUGCGCUGCGUUGUGCUCGCCACUUUGAACGUCGGGAGCUGUAGUCCACACGCUCCACCUUCCGGUGAGCCACCAAACCCCUCCCACUCAUAUCUUCCGGGGUCGGUGAGGGGGCGGAGCCUUAAUUCCAAAGUAAAACCGUCGCCUUAGCUGGGAAGCAAUCGAAUAACAACCUCCAACUCCCCGUGUUCACGACUGACCAAUAAGGUGGGUCAACUCUAGUCAUGUGACUCAAAACGGAGUCGCGCUUUUGUACCUAUAAUUCCUUUGCGCGAGAGGCAGUGUCUUCUCUAUGGUUUCUCUUGGUCUUAAGAGGGUGGAUGGGCCUCUGGAGGACUCCGUACAUUCUUCCUCCAUUACCUCACUGUCUCCGGAAGGCUGCCGGGAUAUCGGAGGACCCAGUUCUUCCCUCGGUUCAGUCCUCCAGCCGCCCAGGGAAUCCCUCCAGCAGCUCCUCCUUACCGCCACCGCCGUCGUCGCCGCCUCCGCCUCCGCCUCCUCCUCCUUCUCCUCCCCACUUCCUCCUCCCUUUCCUCCGGCCUGGCCCGGCUCGACGCUCUUCACUCCGACUGGAGGGCCCGCUUCUCUCGGGAGCCCCCACCCAGGCGCAUGGCUCCAUGAAGCGGGAGGAGGAGGAGGCACAGCGCGAGAAGUCCCGACUGCUCCAGAGACGGGAAAAAAGGUACAGAAAGCAGGAAUGGAACUGGAAAAAGGAAAAUUCAUUGCAGAUACAAAAUAGCUCCCCCCCUCUGCUGUAGCUGCCCCUCUGGCCAUAUACAUUUUCUGAUUUCAGGCAGGGGACCUAAAUGCAGGGCCACCUAAGGACACUGAUGGCUCCACUCAGAUUCCAGCCCUCUACAGAUAAUACUGCUUCAUCACUCUACGGGUUCUGCAGCAUUCCAGACCUCAAGCACUGAAUCAGGAUGGGAAAAAGACGCUGUGUUCCUCCACUAGAGCCCAAGUUGGCAGCAGGCUGUUGUGGGGUAAAGAAGCCCAAAUUAUCAGGAAGUGGAACACACAGUCACGGGAACCAGUCAACAACUGUACCUGGCUCUAGUUCAGGUCCUCUUCAGAACCACCAGCAUGUGGAUGGGAGCAAUGGAAGGGAGAAUGUGUCUGACUUAACUCUGGGGCCUGGAAAUUCCCCAAUUACUCGAAUGAAUCCCACUUCGGGAGCUCUGAGCCCACUUUCCCGGCCCAAUGGAACUGCCAAUACCACCAAGAAUUUGGUGGUGACAGCGGAAAUGUGCUGCUACUGCUUCGAUGUCCUCUAUUGUCACCUCUAUGGCUUCCCCCAGCCACGACUUCCUAGAUUCACCAAUGACCCCUACCCACUUUUUGUGACAUGGAAGACGGGGAGAGACAAACGGCUUCGUGGCUGCAUUGGAACCUUCUCAGCCAUGAAUCUUCAUUCAGGACUCAGGGAAUACACAUUAACCAGUGCACUUAAGGACAGCCGAUUUCCCCCCCUGACCCGCGAGGAGCUGCCUAAACUUUUCUGCUCUGUCUCCCUCCUUACUAAUUUUGAGGAUGCCAGUGAUUACCUGGACUGGGAGGUAGGGGUACAUGGGAUUCGAAUUGAGUUCAUCAACGAAAAAGGUGUUAAAAGGACAGCCACAUAUUUACCUGAGGUCGCUAAGGAACAAGAUUGGGAUCAGAUCCAGACGAUAGACUCCUUGCUCAGGAAAGGCGGCUUUAAGGCUCCAAUUACCAAUGAAUUUAGAAAAACAAUUAAACUCACCAGGUACCGCAGCGAGAAAGUGACAAUCAGUUAUGCAGAGUAUAUUGCUUCUCGUCAACCUUGUUUCCAGAAUGGCACUCUUCAUGCCCCGCCCCUCUACAAUCAUUACUCCUGACACGCGGCUGCAUGACCAGUCCCAUCCCCCUGUGGCCGCCAGUGGCUACGACAUCAUUGGAGCAGACGCCUCCUCUUCCUGGUCCAGUUACUUCUAUUACUGCACCAUUUUAUGAUGCUAGCUUCCGUUGCCGAGUCUGCCUUCCAGCUGAUGGGGGGGAUUGCACUGAGUGAAACAGAACUUCAGGGGCCCAAGCCUUAUCUCAGCCAUUCCUCAAAAUGGGGUUCAGUUGGAUUGGGGCUCCUCCACGACUAGGAAUUACUGUGUGAGGUGCAGAAGACCCUUAGGCAUGCAAGCGCCACUUCAAAUUGCUGUAUUGUGUGUCAGCCACACACUGGAAGCUGGAAUUGUUGAUUUAUGAAAGCUCCCCCCCUCCUCCUUUCUUCUCUCCUUCCCACCUCCCCAUACCUAUCCCAGUAUCAAGUAGGAGCGUUCCCCUGGCAGUCUGGGCAACGGAGUCCAACAAGAAACAUUUUUAGGUUAUUUUAAAUUCCUUUUUUUAAACCUCUGGUUUGGUGUGUACUAAGAGUUGAUUACAGCUCCCAGGCAUCACAGGCGGACAUCAUGUUAGGGUUAAAUUGUUGGGCACCAUGAGUCCUUUCAGGCUCCUGUACAGAGACCAUUCAAAUAUCUGAAAGCCCUUUGGAUGGCACAUUGCAGAUCUCACCAUUGCUAACUAAACCCUGAACGUUUUAACUCUCAUCCCACCGUCAGUUGGAUUUUCUGGCACUCUUCUUGCAUUGAGUUUACUGGUAUUAAAGAGUGCUUUAUGGUAUAGCCUGCUCUUGAAUGGAUUGGAGAUGCCUGAAGAAGGGCAGAAUACCAUUACUGAGUGUGUAUGUGAACAUAGAGAUGUUCGUAUCUCGCCAAGAAAGCUCUUCUUUACUACUAGGCUACCUCACCCAUACAUUGGUAGCAGUGCCUAGAGCUGGAUCUAGGAUGUUAAAAGCUAUGUUGAUGUUUAAACACACAGUUGGGUCAGGAAUUUUACAGGGACAGAGUAUUCAAAUGAAUCCAGUGUCUCAAGGCAGUUUUAAUUUCAGGCAAGCUUCCUAGGGGACCUUUAAGCAGGGCAAUUCCAUGUGUGGAUCUUUUAGAUGGAAGACUCACUGUUGUAGGUCUAUAGAGUAAAGGAUUGUAGUUUAACUGGCAAGUUGCUGAUCUUGCCUAACAUCUUGGGAGUUGCCAACCCACCAGGGCAAAAUGAAGACGAGAUCAUUUUAUUCCAGACCAUUUAGACUUUCACGUGCACUCAUACUUCUCUUUCCCAUUUUUGCUGAUUUCCAAACGUCUGCUAGUAAAGUUCCUCCUUUCUCCUUCCACCUAUUCUUCACUGGCUCAUUCAGUGAUGUCACUGUGCAGUGUUCAUACAUAUGACUUGUGAACUUGAAAGAAACCUUGGAAACAUUGGAAUAAGGCAUCGCAAAAUGACUAUGGAAGAGGAGGCCAGUUGUAUGAAAGGAUACUUAUGAUUAUACACUGAUUACCAGCAACAGUGGUUAAAGGACUUUGAGAUGAAGUGCAUGACCUGACCCAGUGGAUACAGUAUUUGAAUGAAUAUAUUUUUUAAAGUUUAAGUGUGAUAAUGGUGUGGCUUUUUGAAACUGGCUAACAGUCAAGUCAACGUUCCUGUGAGUUUUCUUCUAAUAUGUAAAGAGGGAAAUCUAAGAAACCAUAUGCAUGCUCUUCUUAGCAUUGCUAUCCUUCAAGUUUCUUGGAAAUGUUUGCAGUUUUGUGUGUCAACAUUAUGCUCUGCUGUUCUUGAGGAUACAUGUUGUGUAAGGGAAAGGUGGGAGUUACAUCAGGAUUUCUGUGCAAUAUCACCCCAGACUUAACUUUGUGCUGGGUAUUUCUCAUGUAUCACCACUUUUCCCUUGCAAUGUUACUGAAAAAAGCUUUGGAAGAUGAAGGGAUUGUUUCAUGAUUUCCUGCUGCUGAGAAUAAAUCAGUCUCGUUACAAACUAGAGUGAUAGUAGUUACUCUUAGGUGCCAUGGACUGAUGUAGAGGGGUGGUUCAGCUCUGGGCAAACUAUCCACCUCUAAACUGUACAACAGUAUUGAUACAUAGGGCUACACUCAUUACUGUUUAAAUGUUCUAUGUUAGAAUUUGUCUUUAAUUUCUAAAGAGUUUAAAAAAAAAAAAAAAGCAAAAAAAUUGGUGCUAAACUUUCACCCCUGAGCGCGCUCAGUGAGACUGGUCAUGCAAGCAUACAGUGCCAUGCUAUUCAAGCCUAUUUUUCUUUUUUAAAUGUUGCCCUGUUCUGUGUCUUUCUCCUGUGUAUGAUGUGUUUUUUUUAUUUUAUUCAGGGGAGGGUGGGGGGGAGGGUAGCUACCAUUUAAAAAUAGCAAACUGAGAAAAUAAUACUACAAAAUAUUAAAUAAAAAUUCCAGUACUGGGGGACUAGCUUGAUAACUGCAGCAAGCAAACUGAAGUGUGGGCUCCAUGUCUUUGGAAUAAAGAAGCCUUACUCCAUUUACACCCCCUCUCACAUUUACACCUAGUUUUGAAGUGGAAAUGCUGGUAUGCCUCUUGGUAAGGUAAGGGCAAUAAUGAAUGGACCAGGAAACCUGAUCUGCCCUCUAGGGAACGGGCAUAGUAUCUGUCCUAAAUGUGGUCUAGUGAGAAAGUAAUUUAGAUGUGUGCUGGUCAAGGUCACCUCAGAAAAAUGCACAGCGGGUGGUUCUCAGGAAAUAAUCCUAUGUCUGGAUCAUUAUAUGGCAGCUUUGCUUAGGGAGAUGACAACUCCAGACUGAAACUUAACUGCCUUCCACUUGCCUGACAACAGUGAUGAGAUGGCUAAAUUGAUGUGGCAAUUGGUAGGAUUAAAGAUUCAAUCUCCUGUUUCUGCAUAGUGUCUCAUUUUGUCCAUUCUCUGCUGGACAAAUACUGUUUCUAAGGAACCAGCUUCAGAGUUUGCUGGUUUGAUUUGGAGUUUGUUUCAUCCCUAGCUGUGAGUGCCUUUUGGUCUGGAAAAUUUUGAUUGUCUCAUGAUAACCACAGCUAGGAAGUUAUCUCUGUAAUUAUGACUUGUCCUUGUUCUACAUUAACUAAAAUAAUGUCUUUGAUCACUGGAGUUUUGUCAGUGUUGGGAUGUUUCCACUGUGAGGUUCUUAAAACUUAAUUCACUUCAUAAUGUUAAAGCAGCCAUUGUUAGUAGAGGCCUUUUCAAUUUGAAAGGUGUAUAGUAAAAACAUGAAUAUUUUAUUGUUUAUAAGAAAAAUUGUCUGUAAAAAAAAUCCUGGAUAUUCAUUUAACUUUUGCACAGGAACAGUUAUUUUUCAUGACACAUUAACAUCUACAAUUUUCAAUGACAAUUGUCUUUCUGUUGGUUUUCUAGAACUUUAUUGUUCAUUUUUUGUUCAUUUCAUUUCCCUAAAGCAAGAGACCUCGUAUGACCUUCAGUGCAGAGAUGUCAGACCAAUUCUUUGUAUUACACUUGGUUGCCUCCUAGCUAUAUACUUCUGAGUGUAAAUCAUUGAACUCUAUCCUCUAAUGAAGUAUUGUAGAGAAUAAAUCAUAAUGGGUAAAGAUU